CAGUCGCGUCCAAAAAGACGAACCGUGUAUUGUCACGUCACAGCCACCAACUUUACUUUGAUUUCUACAUUGACGACGACCAACGAUUACGACACACGAAUAAGCAUCUUGCAGUCAUGUUCAAGGCAAUUUUACCUUCGUCCAAAAGAAUAUCUUCUUCAGAAUUCACCAUGGUCACGAGCCCUGGGGAUCCACUUAGUGGAAAGGAGAAUCUACCUGACAAUAAUGUUGCGACUCCUCCACUUACAAAAUCAGGCAAAGGAACCCACAAGGGUAAUUCGAAGCAAGAAAAAUCGAAAACUGUUAAGGGCUCUCAGGACCUUGUGGUCGAGCCGGUGGUGAUGAACCAGGCCUUUGACAAAUUACUGGACGAGCUACAGAUUCCUUCUACUGUUCGAGUAAAGCUAGUUGGCAUGGAUGCAACUGUUAAAGCGGCCAUGCUCAAAUCAUCACAUGUCAUAACAUCAAACCCGACGUCUGGGUCACCGAGCACCCCGAUGACGUUGAGAAAAGCCCGCAGUAGCGAAUCUAUGGGAUCGCCUUUUCCGCCAUCUAUGAGCUAUGACCAGAUGCCUACGAAAGGCAGCUGGAUAUCUGGGCUCUCUGGAAAGAGUACAACGGAUCUGCAUGCACCGCUCGAUGACCAGACGUUCUCUCGUGAUCAGACUUCUCCGGUCAUCCCAGGUGAUCUCAUCACGAGCAAAUCCAAAGAGAAGAGCUUUGUGAAGAGCAUAACUCCCGUCAAAUUCUGCAGUAUCUUAGCAUCAACAUCUAGCACCCAGCUAGAAGUAGAAAUCGUCAAGAAACUCCGACUGCUCCUACGAAAUGAGUCGGCGAUUUGGUCGGAGGACUUCCUGAAAUUGGGCGGCUACAAUGCACUGCUUACGCGAUUGAAUGAAAUACUCGAAGUCGAGUGGCGAGAAGAGCAACACGAUGACCAGAUAUUAUAUGAAUUGCUUCGAUGCUUUAAGGCCCUGUCGACCUCUGAAAUUGGUUGCUUUGCUCUGCGUAGCUCGUGCCCAACCCCGUUCGUGCAACUGGUCUCCUUGCUUUACUCUGACAAGAAGCCUGGAGACGUGGCAACGAGACAACUCAUCGUCGAAUUGUUGCUCAUCUUGUUCGAGUUGUACCCUUCUUCAUCGCUCCCAUCCACUGGUAACCGCUCACGUCGCGAAGCUUGGGAACCCGAGGGCCGCUCAUCCUCGAAUCUCAUCACCCUCCCAACACCACACAAGAAUUUCUACUCAUUGAUCCGUGCUCUCCUUCUGACACCCGCGCCUCCUCCAACUGAAUCACCUGCUUCACCUGUGUCACCCCAUGCCUUUAUUGAAUCAUUACAUCGCCCAAGAAUUUACAAAACUUACCUCCAGGAGCUUUCGGACGUUUGUAGAGAUUACUUCUGGGUAUUCUGUCACCCAAAUAACACGGUCUGGAACCUGGCAGAGGUAGACGAGGGCAAGGUAGAGAAGCCCAAAGCACCUGGAGGCAUGACCGGAGGUGUCGAAUUUGAAGCUAUGGGGUACUUUACGAUGCACCUCAAACUUAUCAACGCAAUCGCCAAGUGCGCUCAUGAACUUAAUUUGUCCAAGGAACAUGACAUGUCUGCGCACCGCUUCCACUCUGACUUAUUUGCUUCUGGAUUUGAGCGCAUCAUUUUGAUAUCACGCAAGACGUCUGUGACGUAUUAUCCGACGUUGCAUCUCGAACUUUCCCGGUAUAUUGCUUGGGCGGGAGCUGCAAAAUUCGAACUGCCAUGGACUGUAUCGCGGUUGAUCGGUGCUCCGCCGUUGGCAUUGGCCAAGCUGAUUACUGGUCAACAUCAGACACCAACGCGACAAGGUCAAAUCUCACAGAUUACACCAGCCAGGGUAACCCCUCCGGGCUUCAUUGGGCUGCCGUCUCCUAAAAAGGUUGAACCUAUCAAGUUUGAAUAAAUCCAAAUCCUAUGCGGGAAAGUCGGAAGCUUCGUAACAGCGGUGUAUUUCGAUCUUUUAUCUUAAGGCUUUCAUUUUGCUGUUGUACAUUUAGCC